AAUUUUCAUUUCAUUUGCCAUAUUAGUGGCAAAGAUAGAGAGAUCGAUGCCUACAUCUUAUGGUCUAAACGCACCAAAAAAGCCAAAAACCAUAUUUUCUCGCAUUAGGAAAGGAGGCGUCAAUCUGAGGGUCAGAGUCCGCACGAGUGCCGACUUGUGGAGGCGUUGGAUUAGGGGUGGGAUUAUGUAUAACACAGAACUCAAUGAAAAGGAUGAGGAACAGGAGGAACAGACUACUAAAAAAAGUGAGACAAAGAUUGUUGUCGACCAACACAUCGAUAACAAACCCAACGAUGAGAUUAAGACCACAACAGCAGACAAUGAGAAAAAGGAUGAAAAAACCAAUGAAACAAAUAAUAUUGCAAUCAUUGAGACAAAGAGUGUUGAAUCCGAUAAGAAGACCGACGAAAAAGUUGAUGAAAAUGUAUCGACUGAAGCAAAAAGUGAAGAAACAGUGUCUGAAGAGAAACCAAUUGAAGUGAAAGAAGCGGAUGAGAAGGCAUCGGAUGAAAGAGUUGGUGACGAGAAGAAAAAUGAUGAAAAUAGUGCUGAAGUAAAGCCCUCUGAAGACAAUGAUUUAGUUGACAAUAAAACUGAAGAUAAAAGCUCUGAAGAGCAGAAAACUGAUGAUAAAACUGUCGAUAAAAACUUCAUCGAAGAGAAGAAAUCAGAUGAAAAUAUUGGCGAAGAGAGUGUGUCUGAAAAUAAGACACAAGAAGAUAGUCGUCCCGAAGAUAAGAUACCAGAAGACACUUCACCUUCAGAUAAUACUGAAGAAAAUAAUACAAAAGAGGUUGAGACACAAGAAGAUAAAAAGUCUGAAGAGAUUAAAGUACUUCAGGAUGACUCAACCCUUACCUCCGUUAAGUUAUGGGGCACCAGAAGUGUAAUGAAGUGUCGACUCCGCUGUGCCUAUUCCUGUUUGGACCUUGCACAGUCUGCCAAACACUUGGGUCGCUCCUCCAAAGUGUUCGACAAAUCCUAUACUAAGGAAACAUUUAUCAGUGAAAAACUCAGAUUAAGUAAUACUAUAAAAGUUCAUAAAUGGCAGCUCUGGAGGCGAUUCUUCAGUUUUCGUAAAAGUGAUGUCAUGUCUAAGAAAGAGAAUGCAUUGAAUGCGAAGACACCCCAAAAGAGACGAAAUGCGGGGCUCUUUGUGCCCGACUAUGAAGAGGAACAGACGGCCAGUAAUCCUCGCAAAGAGUCACUCGAAUUGUGUGACUUAGAAGACAGCGGACAGUUUGAUAUGAACUCAAAGGAGUCAAAGGAUGAGAAAUGAACGAAACUAUGAAAAAUUGGUUUCAUUGUUAUGAUUGUCACACUCCUCAUGUGGACAUACCUUUAGGUUUGAAUUGAUAUUUGUUUGAUUCAAUGAAUGAAUUGACAAAAUGAGAAAGCUACAAGAUUGCUACAAAUGUAUGUAUGUGUGAAC